UUAUUUAUCGGAGGCUUCGGUGUACCGGUUGAGGGAGCCUUUCUGGGAGUGGUAGCCGUUGUAAUCGGUGGUACGGGUGAUACCGGCGCCGCAUUCAACUGUUUCUCAUUGAUUAGAUUAAUGGAAAGCGAUCAAAACCAAGUGAUGGAGCGAUCGGACGACAUAUACGAUGAUAAGGAUGAGCCAAACCGCACACAACAGCAAACCCAACAAAAUGAGAAGCCGUGCGUCCCGUCGGACGCCUAUAUAAGCCGCUGGUAUGGCCACGAAGUGCUUAUAUGUGGUGUGAUUGAGGGAAAGACA